CCGGUGAAUUUGCCUCCAUCAGUUUCUUUUCUGACAGGUUUUCCCAUUCGCCUUCGAUCCAGUUGAGAUGUUACGAGAAGUUGGUCUUUGCUUAGUUUAUUCGUGGGAAGAAGAUGGCGGAGUGAAGCAAAGCUGAGCGGAUCAUUCUCCUCGAGAUCGGACGGAUCCGAUCGACCUCCCGCUCCUCGUCGACUGGUUCGGGGAUUUGUUCUUCUUCCAUGCCUUGGCACAGAUGAUGAGAGCUUUGUUUGAGAAAAGCAGAGAGGUGGACGUCAGGUUGCUGCUCUCAAAGCUAGGUUUUGCUGUCUCUGUUCCCAUUGCUGGGUAUUUGGCGGUCAACCCUAAUCUACCGGGUUCAUCCUCUUCGGCAGCAAGCUCUGAAGCAGGCGGCGUUGGCCAGUCUACUGUUUUCUCUGGAGCUAGCAGAAUCUUCAAAGAUGAGCUUCAUAUCCGAGAAAGUGAGGGAGUCUUGGCAAAGAUCAUGCGUGGAACUUCAGAUAUCACAAAUACCACCAGGGCCAUCGGUGCCAUCCAGAGGACUUCUCCAAGCAUCAUCAAGAGUUGGGUUGAAGAGGGUUGUCACUUACCACCAGUCGAGCAACUUCCAGUAUACCCAGAGAGCAUUAUUAAGCAACCAACUUAUACUGAAUCAGAAGCCGAGAAGGUGGAGAUGGAGCAAGAAACUGCAGAAAUUCAAGAACAGAAGAGAAGUCAUUCACUUGAUUGCUGUGUUUCAAAUAAUCAGCAGGAUUUAAUGAGAGAAAUUGAGGAGCAGCUAAAAAAUAAUCUGAUGAAGGCUAAUAAUCUGUACAUAAAAUUUCAUUCACAAAAUGAAGAAAAUCAUCAUCUCGUGAUUUGGAACCCAGAGUGCUGGGGAAUGAUCAGGGAGUUUGAGACUGUGAUAAUGGUUGUAGCUUGUCUGAUCAGGGCAUUGCAAUCUGAUUGGUGGCACCUGAGUCAUAAGAUGGCAGCUUUGGAGCCAAAAAGGAUCACCAUGAUGGCUAAUAAAACUGAAGACAAACAACAAGGUGAUGCCAAGAUCAAGGAUAGCUCAAAGAUGCUGGAGAUGGAAACUGAGAAGGGAAAUCUUACAAAAUUAAACAUGAGCACGGAAGUAGAGCUGGUUGAUAAGUUGGAGGUUGCAGAAAAUCUGGCCUCCUCCAGUUGCUCCCCAAAUGACCAAGAGAGUGAAGAGGACAUGGUGAUGAGUUACCUAAUAGAAGCAAACCAAGAAGAAAUGGAAAUUGUACGGCUACUGGGUGAUCAUAUUGCAGAAUUUACAAACAUGGUGCAAGCUUGGCAAAUCAAUACUUUGUUUGAGAGUGAGCAGUGGGAUUCUGCAACAUCCAGUAAGAAAUCAGCAAAAAUUUCUCCAAUUGAAAGCUUGAGUACUGGAGCAGAGAAGAAACCAGAACAAACUGCUAUUCUACCAGCAGAUUCCGACAUCGAUCAGAACAAGUACUUGAAUGACGUGGACACUGAGAACUGCAAUCCACCCAAAACGAGCAACAUGUUGAAGCGUGAGCAAAGGAGUUCCGCGACUUCCUUUGAGAAAGUUGCAGGAAGUUGUCCAAGUGAAGACUUGGGUGCUGAGACAGAGGAAAAACAUGAAGUUGUGAUUCAAUAUGGAAGUUUUGGUAUAGAUCAGAAGGACAAGAACUUGAAUGAUUGUCAUUUAUCUGAUUGCUCUUCACAACGAGUUAUCAACAAAUAUCCAAAUAGUUCACCUUCUGUCUCUUCCAUGAUGAGUAACAGCAGUACAGGAAGAUCAAAGCAUCAUAAAUCAUUUGGUUCAAAAGUCCUUGGCAAGCUGAAGAUGGUCCUCAGAAAGCACACCCGCAAGAAGGCAAAAAACUUUCCAGAUAAUACUUCUGAUACAAAGGCAGCUGUUUCAUCGUGUUGUUCAGGAGAUAUGAGAAGGAACUCAUGCAAUAGUGAUCUCUCGUGUUCUGAGAAGCAUCCUUCGACACAAGAGUUAUUCAAAAUCAAAUACAAAACUGAUAGAUGGAAGAGUGACACCGCAUGGAGUGAGAGUUGUUUCAGAUCUACAUUUGAAAUUCCAAGGGAAAAGAUAUCUGCUAUACAAGAAGAGGAUACAAAUGCAUUUUGAGGCAAAACCAUCAUAUAGCAUCACUUGGUGGAGUAACUAAACUCGAACAAGAUAAUUAUGAAAAUGAAGAUCAACUUGUGGGGUUUGAGAAUAACUUAUGUGGUUUUUAAUUCUGUUUUCAAGGCUUUGAUCUGUAUUUGUGACAUCUCGAGUUAGAUAAGAUACAUAAGUCUCGAAGCGCCAUGUUGUGUGAU